AGGGUCGCGGGCUCAGCUCAUGGUGUUUCAGAACCUCCUUAGGACAAGCGACGGUGUUUUUGAAUGCGGCCUCCAGCAACCUCCUGGCUUCCAGGUAAGUGAGGUUGAUAAACAGGAAGCCAGUUCUGUCUGUGUCAUGAUGACCAGUGACAACAACAUGGAUGUGCAACACCAGAGGCUUCAGUGGCACCCCAUUAUGAAGCUGUCCAAGGUGGUCACAGAUGCUGGUGACCUGGCUGGAGAGGGAGAUGGGCUCUGCCACCGGCACCGCCUGGUCACUGAUGCCAUGGACUGGCCUCCGCUCCUGGACAAGUCUCUCUGCUUCGACAUCCUGGACCCCAGGAAGACCUGUUCAACAGGGGACACCAACUACCACCACCACCUGGACGAUACGGUGCUCAACCUGGCCCGGAGGCUGGGGGAGCUGGGCCAGGCCUCAGAGAUGCUGCUGAAGGAGAGGGGAGAGAUGACUCGUUGUUCCUGUCAGAGCAUCCUGGCUUCGGCAACUGGGGGCAUGGGCCCCGGAGAGGACCCUAGUGAAACCAGUGAUGCCCUCCUGGUGCUGGAGGGCUUGGACUCGGAGGAAGUGGGGGAGCUGGGGAUGGGCGGGGAGGAGUUUAAAUGUGGUGUCCCCGGGCAGGAGGGCGAGACGGACACGGGGCAGGACAGACGGGGGGCUUUCUCCAGCGGUUCCCUCACGGGACUAAUGAGGCAGGUACACAGGCUGGCCGGGGAGGUCCGUGCCUGUGGCCCCCAGGUGUGUCCUUCCCCGCUGGAUUCCCUGGGCUCUGCUGCAGCCUUAACAUCUUCCUCCCUGUCUCUGGCCUCUAACACCACAGGCCAGCAGGUGGUGGAAGCCUCCGCCACCCUAUCUGGCACCUUACCCUCAAAGGACCCUCCCAGCCAAACCUCCCAGUCCCUGCCCCAAAGCAGGGCCACAACGCCGAAGUUAGGGGUGAUGUUGAGAGCCGCCUCACCCUUAGUAGUAGAGGGGGCAGCAGGGGGCGAGAAGACGACCAGAGGGAAGUCCAGGAAAGGCUCUCUGAAGAUCCGUCUGAGCAAACUAUUCCGGACCAAGAGCAGCAGCGGCUCCAGUCGCCACCUGGACAAGAGGCCCUCGCUGGCCUCCUCCACCUCCUCUGGGGGAAGCCAGAUGGAUGUGUGGGGCUCUGGAUCAACCAGCACGGACCAGGACACAGGGAGCAAACUCCAGCACUCCAGGCCCCAAAGUGCCUUCUCUCCGGUGGCCUUCGGUCCUGCCUUCACUGAUACGUUCCUGCGGGGCCUCCCCCGGCCCAUUCCGCUGCCUGGCGACGGCCAGAACCAGUCUCGGGUGGACCAGCGCCCCAUGCUGUGCCCACUGAGCCGCCCCGAUGCCAGCAGCUUUGCCACCAGCCUCCGGGAACUGGAAAAAUGUGGCUGGUACUGGGGUCCUAUGAACUGGGAGGAUGCGGAGAUGAAGCUGAAGGCCAAGCCAGACGGAGCGUUCCUGGUGAGGGACAGCUCUGACCCUCGGUACAUCCUCAGCCUCAGCUUCCGCUCCCAGGGAGUCACCCACCACACACGCAUGGAGCACUACAGAGGAACCUUCAGCCUCUGGUGUCACCCAAAGUUUGAGGACCGCUGUCAUUCUGUGGUGGAGUUUAUCGAACGAGCCAUCAUGCACUCCAAGAAUGGAAAAUUCCUCUACUUCCUGCGCUCACGGGUCCCAGGCCUCCCCCCGACCCCGGUCCAGCUACUCUACCCAGUGUCCCGCUUCAGCAGUGUCAAGUCCCUGCAGCACCUCUGUCGCUUCUGCAUUCGCCAGCUGGUCCGCAUAGACCACAUCCAGGAGCUCCCCCUGCCCACGCCCCUCAUAGUCUACCUGCGAAGGUUCUACUACUACGAUCCUGAGGAGGAGAUGUACAUGUCAGUCAAGGAGAUGGGGCGGGACACGACCACCCAACUGGCGACUGGCCAGCAGGAGUCUCAAACGUAGCAUUUGGAGGAUCAUUGGAUCAAGUUUGUUUUUUAUACACGGGAACAGCUUACCUGAAGACUGAUGGUGACUGUGCUUGGGGACAGUCUCGCUCAAACCCUCUUGUGCCAGACUGUGCACUAAUCAGCGCUCUUGGUUGACUCGGUAUCCGGAAGUCUGGGGCAGGGUUUUGGAUGAUCCACCCUCCUCCCUUUUUGAUUGGCUCACAGAAACUGGAGGAGGGGCAGGGGAUGAGGAAACUGCACCCACCCGGCCAGUGAGGAAGAUAUCUGACCGCGGGGCUGAACUGGAAGACCUGACUGACUACUUGCCAUUGUGCUAACUACAGUAAGCCCCCCCCCCCCAGCUAAGACUAAAACGAGCGCACCCUUGCGCUGGAGGCUAAGACGAUAGGCUGAGAGUCGAAGUAUAUGGAACCAAAUCAGUUUUGGAAAAUGAUGCACUCGUCCUUUUUUUUUGUACCCCUGCUCUGAAAAGGUCUGGGAAAAGGGAGCGCUCGUUGUUUGGUAUAACAAGCUGUCUAUUGUAUGUCAGCCAGGGCGGAGAAACUGUACCCACCUUUCUGAUGUGAUGCAUUCUCAACUACAGAGAAAUAUCAUUUUUUCCCUCUUAAAAUAUUUGGUUGCCAAUGGUUGGAUCGGCACCUUUUUUUGAAUUGACUGCCUGAGCUGUGUGUGUCUGCGUGCCUGUAUGUGUGUGUAAAUACUGUGUGUUGGCGUUAACUCUGCAAUCCAACUGGAGUUCUCUUGCUAUACUGUCAUUGAGCAAAUGCGUUACCAGAACAAAUAAUAAUAAAAACUGUUGAUGGAAUUUAAAA